AUGACUGGGACACGGGACCGCAGGAGGGGUGGGGCCCAGGUGGGCAGCCAGGUGCCGGGUGGGGCCCAGGUGGGCAGCCAGGUGCCGGGUGGGGCCCAGGUGGGCAGCCAGGUGCCGGGUGAGGCCCAGGUGGGCAGCCAGGUGCCGGGUGGGGCCCAGGUGGGCAGCCAGGUGCCGGGUGGGGCCCAGGGCCGUAACCGGCAAAGAGCGUCAGCCACCAAGAAGAAAGAAAAGCUGAGCCGAAGACACAGCUGGGAGCCCACGGAGCCAACCCCUGGACGAGCACCAGGGCCUCCCGCCGGCACCCACGUGGCCCACGGGGCAGAGCUCCCGCCGGGCCCGGCUCCCGCGCAGACCACAGCUGCGGACUUCCCUGUCACCCAGAUGGGCGAAGUCGUGUCCCCGACGCCGCCCGGGAGCUCUGCGCCGCUGUGGCCGAGCCAGCGGCCGGAGGUCAGUGGCCAGGGCCCGAGGUCACGCCCACCGCCAGAGGAGCCAGCCCAGGCCCCAGACGGGCAGCACCAGCGCCUCCCUGGCCGUCCCCCCGCCGAGUCCCCACGACCUCCCGAGCACGCCGUGACCAGUCCGGCCGGGCCUGCACUGUCCAGGCAGCGGCCAGCCCAGCAGCGCCUGCCCUGUGUGCCCCGAGUCGGCGUGGGGCUCGGCGUCCCCAGACUCAGCCAGGGGGGCUGCGCCGUCCCUCCUCCCCGGCCGCCCCGCAGCCAGGACCAGGACCCCGACCCCGUCGCUCUGGGUGGGGCCUGGCUCGGGGGGUCACGGGGACGCCACAGCCCCUGGCAUGACGGGCGGAGGGGGCAGCGGGCGCUGCGUCCUGGCCGCAGUCAAGGCCCCGCCAGCGGGCCUCCCGCGUGA